ACCAGAGGAGAUGGAGCUAUAGUGCUGAGAACACAACGCCGAAAGAAAAGAAGAGGACAGUGACAUAUUAACUGGGAGAAAUAGAAUAUAAGAGGAGAUAGAGUGUGAAGAGGGGAAUCUGGGGCAGAUACUCAUUAGUGAUACACAUUAACAUCGGCAGGCUGGAGCAAGAGAACGUGAAAAAGGUUUGGAGAAAAAAUACAUCAAAAGAAGAAGCCAGAGAGCGGAGCGGGGUGAAGGAUGACAGAGCAGCUUGCCCCGUCCUGAGAUCAGCCCACCUCCUCCUUCCUCUCUUCACCCCUCCUCUGACGCCAUCACCUCCCAUCACUCUCCUCCCUCACCCUCUCCUCCCUCUCUCUUUCUGGUUAAACCAGACUUGAUGACCAGUCCUGACCAGAUUCUACCCCCAUCACAACCCUCUGGAAUCUCUCCAGCUUCUCUGGAAUCUCUCUCAGCGUUCCGACUCUGGCAGUCUUCUGACCACGUUCAGAUAUUCUCUCCAGGAGAAGACAGGAAGGAAUAAGAAGAAGGGGGAAGUUUGUGUAUUUCUGGACAACUAACGAGUCUCUGCCAUCUCCUUGCUGUGAGGACUGACCUUUCUGUUCAGAGGGAAGAUAAGGACCUACGACAUCCAGAAGACAUUUUCACCUGAAGACUUUCCCGUCUACUCUGAGUUACAGAACAACACUUCUGAGAAAUAAACACUUUAACAAGGAAAGAAGACAUUUUAACGAGGAGGACAUUUUAACGAGGAGGACAUUGUAACACCAACAGAGCAUUUCAACAAAAGAUCAAGACAUUUUUUAAGAUUCUCUUGGACCGUCUCUGUUUAAUUUUCUUCAACUCUGUUCAUCCACUUCUCUUGGACUCUCUGUCCUGUACAUUUCUCUGUGAGUGUCAGUUGGUCCAUACAGCCCAGCCAUGCAGGUGUCUAUAGCAUGUACAGACCCCCACAUGAAACGCGGGAAUGGGGACCACAAGAAUAACUCCAGCCCGGGGAAUGCUGCCCGGGCCAAGUUCAGAACUGUGGCCAUCAUAGCACGCAGCUUUGGGGCGUUCGCACCCCGGCACCACAUCUCUCUCAAAGAGUCCACGGGGAAACUGACCGGCAUGAAAUACAGGAACCUGGGGAAAUCAGGACUUAGAGUGUCGUGCUUGGGACUGGGUACCUGGGUAACGUUUGGUGGUCAGGUUACAGACGAGGUGGCCGAGCAACUGAUGACCAUGGCGUAUGAGAGUGGAGUCAACCUGUUUGACACAGCGGAGGUGUACGCUGCUGGAAAAGCUGAAGUCAUAUUGGGUAACAUCAUCAAGAAGAAGUGCUGGAGACGAUCAAGUCUGGUCAUCACUACCAAGCUGUACUGGGGAGGAAAAGCAGAGACUGAGAGAGGCCUUUCAAGGAAACACAUUAUUGAAGGUCUGAAGGGCUCCCUCCAGAGGUUGCAGCUGGAAUACGUAGAUGUGGUCUUCGCGAACCGCCCUGACACCAACACACCCAUGGAGGAGAUUGUGAGAGCCAUGACUUAUGUGAUCAACCAGGGGAUGUCCAUGUACUGGGGGACUUCUCGAUGGACAGCCAUGGAGAUCAUGGAGGCGUACUCUGUGGCCAGGCAGUUUAACCUGAUCCCUCCGGUGUGUGAGCAGGCUGAGUACCAUCUCUUCCAGAGGGAGAAGGUGGAGGUCCAGCUUCCAGAACUCUACCACAAGAUAGGCGUUGGGGCGAUGACGUGGUCUCCGCUGGCCUGUGGCAUCAUCACGGGGAAGUACCAGAACGGCAUCCCAGAAACCUCCAGGGCAUCCAUGAAGUCGUAUCAGUGGUUAAAGGAGAAGAUAGUGAGUGAGGAUGGGAGGAAACAGCAGGCUAAGCUGAAGGAGCUGGGACACAUAGCUGAGAAGCUGGGCUGUACUCUCCCACAACUGGCCGUGGCCUGGUGUUUGAGGAACGAGGGGGUGAGCUCAGUCCUCCUGGGAUCCUCCAGUCCAGAGCAGCUAACAGAGAACCUGGGUUCCAUACAGUUCCUUCCAAAAAUGACGUCUCAUGUGGUGUCGGACAUCGAUCACAUACUGGGGAACAAGCCGUACAGUAAGAAGGAGUAUCGCUCCUAGACACCCAGGAGGAAGCAGAACCACUGCUGUACAACCUCUGUGGAUCCGGUUCCACCAACCACCUGGGUUCAGCCUCCAUGGGGUUUCAGCUCAGUCUAAUCCAGCCCAGUUCAGGCCUGCUCAGCUCAGCCCCAGCCUGCUUAGCCCAGUGUAACCAAGCUUAGUUCAGCCUAACCAGGCUCACCCUCUGCCUAGACCAGCUUUCAGCUCAGCUUACUCUAACAGUAGAUAUUCUGACUCCUGAGUUUAUUAACCAUGUAGAUGCAUGCUUCCCCUCUCUGGUGUGCCUGGACUUUCUCUUCAUAAGCACAUUAUACAAAACAACACAGAAGAGGGUUAAUACUUAGAAUAUACCGUAAGCUUCUUCUACAAUGCAUUUUGAAAACAAACUCCUCUCUCCAGCCAGUCUACUGUAUUUGACACUUGUUUGACCUUGCAAAGCAGAGCACCCUGGGACAUUGAGUUUCAGUGACAGGGGUUUGGUCUGUAUGCGAGGGGUAGACUGUGCAUGUUGUCGUCCCCCUCUGGUCGUAUGAGGAACUGCUAUGGAAUAUCUUUAAUAGAUUCUCAGCGAGAGAGAUAUGGAGAAUCUCAAUCGCUCACUCCUUGCGUCCUCUCUCCUCGCCUCUUUCUCAAAACCCAUUGGUGGAGAAGAUCAGAGGGGCGGGACCUCUGGGUUUCUCAUCCAAUGGGUUUUGAGAAGAGGAGGCGAAGAGUAUGCAAUUGAGAUUUUCCCCUUGACGUCCUCUCUCCUCACCUCCUUCUCAAAAUCCAUUGGAGGGGAAGGUCUUAGGGGAGCAAACUCUGACUUUCUCAUCCAAUUGGUUUUGAGAAGGAGGCGAGGAGAGAGGAUGCGAGGAGUCAAGGAAAGGCAACUGAGACUCCCAGUGACACCUGAGUGGGCAGGUGGUCUCCUGUGCUGUACUGUAUACUGUGUGUUUGCAGCCAUAGAGGAUACUCCUGCCUCUGAACUGAACCUGCAUCGUUGAUUGCUGAUGUGAAUCAGGGAUAGCACAAGCAACUCUGUGACACGACCUCCCACCAGACCAAUGUUACCCGCUAGUGUUGCUUGUUUCAGUGAUAAUGCGAAAGUUAGGUGAAGUAUUUAGAGAAAUUACAAAGGUAUAUAUUUAUUCUAUAAUAGUAUGUGAAAAUACAUUUCUUCUGAGUGUUUAAAUGUUUUGUCUUUCAAGGGUGUAUAUAUUAAACAUUAUGGGGAAAACCUUGUAACAUAAACAGACCUCAAGCCACCUUUCUUGCAGAUUAAAAUAAAGCAUUCUAUAAAUAAUCUAUAA